GCAACGUUCCAGCUUUAGUUCGUUGGCUCCAGGCAUAUCUUUAUCGUGGCGCUUCCUCAAUAGUCGCUCAAAAUCAACUUGUCCCAAUAUUAGGAAUAUUCCAAAAACUACUUGCAUCCAAAAUAAACGAUCAAUAUGCGUUAGACUUAUUAACCACAAUAAUAGAAUAUACUCCCACUGCAAAUUUGGAUCAGUAUAUGCAAGCCAUUAUAUCGUUGUUGAUGAAGAAACUUUCCGCGACCAGAAAUGAGAAAUUCACGAUACGCUUUAUAAAUUUCUUGUGUUAUUUCAUUGCUUUGAAUAAAGAGGGAGCCGGGCCGGAUUAUAUUAUUAAUGCUUUUGAUAGCAUUCAACCAGGAUUAUUCUUGCAAGUUUUAACUUCCAUUGUGAUCCUCAAUUUGCAAAAAGUUCAAGGUCAGAUUGAACGAAAUAUAUGUGCGGUGGCACUAACGCGUUUAUUAACACAAAGCAAUACAAUGUUAUCACCCAAUUAUAUCGUACAAUGGCCAAGCAUUUUGACUGCGGUUAUCAAGUUAUUUGAGGCUCCAGUCGAAAUCAAGAAAACUGGAAUCGAGGAAGAACAAGAAGAAUACGUUGAUUUCGAAUUAGAAGAGGCAGAAUUCAAAUCCGCUUUCAACAAACUGGUUACCGCUAGUAGGGCGAAACGAGAUCCAACCGGUAUACCUAAUCCACGUGACUUUUUGGCACGAUCGGUGUAUGCAUUAAGUCAGACACAUCCUGGAAAGAUAAUUGAUAUUGUUCAUAAAGAAAUUCCGCAAGAAUGUGCCAUUUAUUUGAAUCAGUAUAUGGCAAAUGCGGGUGUUGGGGCAUUAGAUUGA